AUGGGUGCUCGAGCUGCUUAUAUUUAUAUUAGAGGAGAAUUUUACAAUGAAGCAUGUGUUUUACAGGAAGCUAUACAUGAGGCUUAUAAGGCUGGUUUUAUUGGAAAGGACUGUUUUGGCACUGGUUACAACUUUGAUAUUUUUGUUUAUAGAGGAGCUGGAGCCUAUAUUUGUGGUGAAGAGACGGCUUUAAUUGAAUCCUUGGAAGGAAAGCAGGGAAAGCCUAGACUUAAACCUCCAUUUCCUGCAGAUAUUGGAGUUUUUGGUUGUCCUACAACCGUUACCAAUCUUUUUUGUAUUUCUGGUCAUGUAAAUGAACCGACAACAGUCGAAGAAGAAAUGUCUAUUCCUUUGCGCGAUUUAAUUGAAAGACAUGCUGGCGGGGUUAUUGGUGGAUGGGAUAAUUUAUUAGGUAUAAUUCCUGGUGGAUCUUCUGUUCCUGUUAUUCCUAAGAGGUUUAAAAUUUUAAAAAUUUUAAAAUUUUAUUUUUUAAGCAUUUGUGAUGAUGUUCUAAUGGAUUUUGAUGCUCUUAUUAAGGUUGAGUCUGGAUUGGGGACUGCGGCCGUUAUUGUUAUGAAUAAGCAGGUAUUUCUGUUUGAACUCAUUUCAAUAAAAAAUAUUACAUAUUAUUAAUGCACCCAAUGUUAUUUAAAAACUGACUGACGUUAACUGAUAGGUACAGUCGGACUUAACCUAGUACAUAUGUGUACCCCAAAAAAUUUGUACACGCACUUUAUUGAACGUUUUUAAGUCUGAUAAUAGGAUUAUAAACGAUGCCCCGCUUUACUGCAUCUCUUAUACGAUUCUUCCAGACAUAAGGACGUAUGCUUAAUGUUAGGUAGUCCGAUUCUACUUAAUACAUAUGGAUAUAUCCUUCAAUCGUAUCUCUCAUUUACCUUGAUAUAU